AUGGCUAAGGGGAAAGCAAAAGGGAAGAAGAUCACCUUGAAAAUUGCCAAAAAUUCCAUCCGGAUAGCUCCUGACGGAGCGCGUCGUCUUGACUUAAGCAAGAUGGGUAUCACCACCUUCCCCAACUGCAUUCUGAAACUGGCUGAUGUGGAAGAACUUGACUUGAGCAGAAACAUGUUAAAAAAGAUUCCAAACAGCAUCCAGAAGUUUGAGAAACUGCGCUGGCUGGACCUGCAUAGUAAUCAGCUUGAGGACUUGCCCAAGGCAAUAGGUACACUUCAGAACCUCUUCUACCUGAAUAUAUCCAACAACAAGCUGACCACCAAAAAUCUCCCAGAGGAGUUGAACCUUCUCAAGAACCUGCAUAUUCUCAACCUUGGCUUGAACUGUCUUGACAGUAUUCCCACCAGCCUUGGGGCCUUGAAGGAACUUCAGGAGAUAGGUCUCUUUGACAAUUCCUUGACCACCAUCCCAAACAGUGUGAAAAAUCUUCCCAACCUCAAAAAACUGAAUGCAGACAGAAAUCCUUUUCCAGAUUUAAUAGAGAAAGAAGAGUAUGCCGACUCCAUUAAACGCGUAGAAACGCUUUACUUAGUGCAAGAGAAAGACCUGUGCUCUUCCUGCCUGAAGGUGUGUCAGGGUGAGAAGGACAAGCUGAGUAAGCUAAACAGUGAGACGCCUAGCUCUUCAAAGCAGCGAAGUUUCCCUUUACUCCUUACACCCAAUUCCACUGCAAGGGAUAACCAAGAAGAAUGGAGAUUAAAAGACACACAUCCUUGA